AAAUCGACCAAGGCGGCAAGGUCCAUUUUGGAGUCGCAGAACCAUUAGGAACGACGACCACUUUGAGCCUUCGUCGUCCAGCCCUGUAUCAAGGUCGCAACCACACCCCAUCCUUGCGAUGAUGGAUUCAGGAGGUGGAGUUGAAUGUCUGCGCACGACGCCGUCUCAUCAAGACACGACGUCGUCCAUGGACUAUGAUCUCGACUUGGAAAUCGAAGGAACAAACUUCGCGGAUCCGCGGAUACGCGCCAAGACAGACGAUUCCACGAUGUCCCACACGUCUCACUUGACAGGCAACAACAACAUGGACACUCCCUCUCGAAGCUUCAUUCUCCACAUCGACGACGUCCGCGUGAUGCGGAAGCGGCAACUGAUCCCAUCGUGUCUUUUUUGUGGCCGCGUCAAGGUGGACAAGCUGCCGGAAUGGACGAUCCAGUUCAGUCAGAAAGAGUUGCUUCGACUGCACAUUUGCGUGAACUGGUACCUACUGUGCCACUUGCACAGACCCGUGUGGAUGCCGUGGUCGCUCAUUCUCGAGAAGCGCGCAUCCAAGCGGUGUCAGGACAAGGACCUCGUUGAGACGUACCUGCGCACGUUGGUCUUGGUCCCCAAACUGCAUGAAUGCGAGGCCCUUUUAAGUUUCCUCGAGGUGAGCGCGUCCCGCCUCGCGUCCAACCUGCGCACACUGUCGCACAAGGAGGGUUACGUGCACAUGAAGAUCAGCGGGUCGAACCAGAUCCCGCUCCAAAAGUUCUGCAGCCACCGCAUGGAAAAGGUAUAUCGGCACUCGUACCGCAUAUUCCUCCGCAUCGCGUUCGUCGCGAGCAUGCUCUUGCUCAUGUGGCCAUUCCUGAUCUUGGCCGUCAUGGCCGUGGCCAACCCGAGCUUUGUCAACGAAGUGGUGCAGUCGGGCCGCAUCAUCACGGGCAAGAACUCGUCCGACUCGCUCGCCGCCAUCAUAUUUGCGAUCUGCGUGUUGUUUGUGCUCGGGUUCAUCUACAAGUUCUUUGAGCGCCGCCUCGGAACGGUCCGGCGGUGGGCCGCGCUCAAGUCCAACUGCAUCGCGUUCUACAAGCACCGCUGCGACGUCGAGCCGAGCGAGGUCGUGCUCUUUGACACGCAGUUCCAAGUCGCCCAGGGCAACUACAAGCAGGGCGUGUCGUGGAUGGUCAACGGACUCACGGUGCGCAACAAGGGCGGGUACGUUGAGAUCGACUGCGGCCACUACUACACGCGACUCCUGUCGGUGCUCGCGCUGUCGCUGUCGUUCUUCAUCGUCGUGAGCAUCACCGCCAGCGGACUACACUACAAACCCGUACCCCUGCACUUGUUUCCGUUGGCAACCGCCAUGAGUGACGACACGAACAAAAGCUUCCCCCUCUUACGCCUCAACCAAGCCAACAACAAAGAAGGUUAUGAUGACGACGAAAGGAACCACCCAGCGUUUUGCGGGUUUGCAUUCGACCAGCCGAUCAAGCCGGCGCUGUUUAAGCGGCGCGCCGACGGACUCCACAUCAUGACGUUAGCGCGCAAUUCCAACGCCACGUUUGCCAAGGCGGCGGAAUACAUUGACAACAGCGGGUUUGACAUUCUCACCACGCGCAUGUUCAACGAGUACUUUGCCAAGCAGGCCAACCAACUGAUCGCAGUCGUCGGCCGCGUGACCGACGCCCCCGUGCUUCGCGUCCCCGGGCGUCUCAUGCUGCCCGACUUUGACAAGUCCACGCGGUUCUUUGGGAUCUCGGGGCGCUUCGACCGCCUCGGCGACAAGCUCGUCGUCAACGACAACGCGACCAUCGACGCUAGCGCUGUCCUGUGCGACUUUGCCGUGGACGUGUCUUCCGUAACUUUGACCAAUUUUACCAUCAUGCUGGGGGCGCUCCUUGCGGGCAGUUUGGUUGCGUCGUCAUUGGGGCUGCUGGCCAACUACUUGCUGUCGUUUGUGGGGCUGUGGCACGCGCACGUGCGGCGGGACGAGUGGCUCGACGCCCUCCACGAGGUCCCCCCCCAGCCCCCUCGCCAUCGAUUCCUCUCGUUUGCGCCCAAGCGGGACCAAGCAUGGCUCAAGUGGCACGUGGACGGCGAGGACACGUACACCGCGAUGCGCGAGGCGAUUCUAGGGGCCAAACAUCGCAUUUUCAUUGCGGGGUGGUGGAUCUGUCCGGAUUUGCUGCUGGAGCGUCAGGACGCGGCGAGUCGCAUCCCCCUGAAGGAGCUGUUGUUGGCCAAAGCCCAGGAAGGCGUGGUGAUUCACGUGCUGCUGUACCAGGAGGUGCAGGUGGCGAUGGAUCUCGGGUCUUACUACGCGAUGAAGCAGCUGCGGUGCCACCCAAACAUCCGCGUGCUGCGGGACCCGGACUUCCAGGUGCAGUCGUUUGGGUUCUGGAGUCACCAUGAAAAGGUGAUCGUCGUGGACUUCGACGUGGCGUUCGUGGGCGGACUGGACCUCGCGUUAGGCCGGUUCGACACGUCCGAGCACCUCUUGUCAGACCCGGGCAUCGACGGCGCGACCCACUGGUGGCCAGGCAAGGACUACUCGAACCCGAUCAUCAAAGACUUUGUUCGGGUAAACGACGCCCGCGAGAACCUCAUUGACCGCGACCACGUCCCGCGCAUGCCGUGGCACGACGUCCACUGCUCGAUGCUCGGCCCCGUCGUCCAAGAUGUGGCCGCGCACUUUAUCGAGCGGUGGAACUUUGUCUGCUCCAAGCGGGACAACUCGCUGCGCACAGACUGGUGCGUGUGCUGUCGCUCGAGGCGGUUCAAGUACUUGCCCAAGAGCAUCCUGCCGUGGAUGCCCGACCCCACGACCCCACCUGCUGCGACACUGUUGGCCGACGGAGGAUACUCGCCGUGCUCUGUCCAAGUCGUUCGGUCCGUGUCGUCGUGGUCGGCGGGGGUCCCCACCGAGUCGAGCAUCCACACGGCGUACUGCGACUGCAUUCGCGCCGCCAAGCACUUUGUGUACAUUGAGAACCAGUUCUUCAUCUCUGGCUUGGAGACAGACGUGGUGAUUCUGAACCGCGUGGUGCAGGCGUUGGUGGACCGCAUCGUCGUGGCCGUGGCUCAGGGCCAAGUGUUUCGCGUGGUCGUAUUCAUGCCGCUGCUGCCGGGGAUCGAAGGCAACGUCCGGUCCAAGCAGUCGCUCACGCACUUGCACGCUGUUAUGCACUGGCAGUACGCGACCAUCCGCACCAACCUCAUGGGCGCGCUCGCCAAAGUCACGACCCGCCCGGACGAGUACGUCCUCUUUGUGGGUCUGCGUACGUACGGCGUCAUGCCCAACGGCCGAUGCGUCACAGAGCAGAUCUACAUCCACUCCAAGCUGUGCAUCGUCGACGACACUACCGUCAUCUGCGGCUCGGCCAACAUCAACGACCGCAGCAUGAACGGCGACCGCGACUCGGAAAUCGCUGUCGUCGUCGACGACUCCACGUUUACACUGGGCACGAUCAACGGCCGCCCGGCCAACCAAGGGACCCUCGCGACCCGCCUCCGCUUGCAGCUGUUUCAGGAGCAUUUGGGUCUGGACGACGUGUCGGUCGUGGCCGACCCCACGAGUGACGCCACGUGGCAGUUUCUGCGACAUCGCGCGCAGGCCAACACGGACUUGUUCGAGCAAGUGUUUCGGUGUGCGCCGUCCAACAAGUUCCGGUCCUUUGACUGCUUCGACUCGCAGUGGCACCAGCUCGACGCGAUCUACGAGAACCAGCGCUUGAAUCCGCUCAGAGCGCUGGCGGCGUGGGGCGCCGACAAUCUGCUCGCGGAAGGCGACUACGCGGCGUGGACGGACGUGAACGGGAUCCCCAUCCCCAUGGAAAAAGUGCAUCGGGACGACUACGUGGUCGUGCCGGACCCGCUCUUCCCCCUCUUGUCGUCGGAUGACCAGGGGUGGUACUACGCGCGCAACUUCAAGAUCUUCCAGGACAUGCGCGUACACCGGGGCACGACGCCCCGCGUCCGCAAGCGCGACAAGUUCCAGCACUUCAUGGCGGACCGCCUCCUGGCCCAAGUUCGCCGACGCAAGUACGUGAAACUCAGCAGUCUGCCCGUGCUCAACGGAUCGUUCAUCGACACGGUCCCUGUGUUGCGGGACCACGACGACAAGGACUCGUUCUAUGCUAAGUGGCGCCAGUGGGGCAGCAAGAAGAAGCUCAAGCCCCCCCCUCCCCCCGCCUCGUUGAGGUCCUCAACCGAGUACCAUGAACUGUACGACGCACGCAGCAGUCAUCCCCGGGGUAUCCUGUUGCCACAGCUGCCGCUCCACCAGCUGCUGCCACCAACCACGAGCAGUCGAAGGCGGCCCCACCUCCCGUCCCGCUACAGCGACAGCGAACUCGACUACCCCCCUCAUCCCCGCCCCGUCUUGCGCCUUAGCGAGUCGGACGUGACGCCGUCUAACACCCCGCCACACAAUACCACCGACUCGCUUGCGAAGGAACCGUCGCGAUCGUGGCUGGCGUCCAUCCAGUCGCUCGAGAUGAACUUGCCCCCGAUAUUUCUUCGAUCCAAGCUGCACCACGAUCGAGACGACAACAGCAGCAGCAGCAGCAGCAGCAGCAACGAAUAUGGCGACGAAGUGCUGUCGCCGUCCCCGUCCAUCGCCGCCAGCAGUCCCAGUGAGGCGCAGCUCGGCAACGUCCACACGAACGCAGAGACCCAGGAAGUGUCGGCGCACGCGACGCUACGGGCGAUCCAAGGCCACGUCGUCAUGUUCCCGCUCGAGUUCCUCGUCGAGGAGACCCUCAAGCCGUCGAUUUUACCACGCUCGUUGCACAUUUAACUUAUAAAGUCCGUCGUAUAACUACAAUAAUAUAGGUAGAAGGAUUG